AUGCCAGGAGUUUCCAGCUCCCAAAAUGCUCCGAAUUUUUCCAAUGAAGUUAUUAACAAUGCAAAUGAUCAACCAAGAAAGGUCAUCCAAGACAGUGCCGAUUAUAUGGACCUUUUGGAAAAAGCGCACAUCAACCCAUGCAUGACAAAAUGUGGAAAAUGUGACUCCUGCGUUGUUAAGUUGGGGUAUGAAAAAAAAGUGGACUGCUCGUUAUCUGACACUGAUAAGAUGGCUGAGCAAUUUGAAAGCCUCAAAAUUAAAAAUCGAGAAGAAAAUACGGAUAGCAAAAAACCGGAGCAAUCUCCCUGUGGAAUAGUUCAAAACGGUAAUGGAAAACCAGCUUCGCAUCAACGAAAACCUCGUGGUAGCUUGAUGAAUGAUUCAAUCAAUCAUGCAACAUCGUCUUCUAUACUCUGUCAAUUAAAGACUGAGAAUAGUGAAGGCGGCAUGAGAAAUUCCCCUCCAGCAAUCUUUCCAACAAACAUAAAGGUGAAACGAACGGUGAUAUUCACAACUGUAAACCCUUUUCCCAAAAUCCCUGAUGCGCCCAUGCUAUUGUCUCGGAGAGAACGUACCGCUGCAAAUCGUCGAGCCAGGCAACGUGUUGUCCCAUCUGCUCCACCACUUGAAGACGAGGACGAUGAAACAGUGCAGUAG